UGUCAAAUGAAGCUAGACUCUGGUGAGAUGUCCUUGAUGGCAAUAACCUAACAAGCCUUCUGUCAUGAAUAAAAACAUUCAGAGAAAAACAUUGUGAGUUAAUAGUUGUUAGUGCGGGUAAUUAAAAUGGGGAGCAUAAACCAGGCUAGAAAAGUCGGCUACAUAUGCCGCCUGUGCUCCAACUUGAAGCGUGUAGUCAUUCACAUGUAUACAGGCAAAGCGAAAAACUUGCAGUUACUUGACAACUUGAAACUACUUCCUAUUACGUUAAAUAGAUAUGAUAGUUUGCCCAAAACCGUAUGCGAAAACUGUAUAAUUAAGCUUAAGAAGCAGGCUCGAUUGUUGAUGUUGAUUCGAAAAAGCAACAGUGCUUACAAGGUCCACAAAGAACUUCAUACCCAGAACGAGUGUCCAGUGCAUUGCCCUUUCUAUGAAUUUUACGGAAGAUCCGAACCGUCAUAAGUGUAUUGAUCUCCAAUAAUUUCAAACAGUGUGUGUACUUUUUAAACUUGAGUUCCGUUUUUGCUUUGGUUUUAGGAUGAACUGUUGGGAGAAAUAAAACUGCCCAGGAGAUCUGUUUAGUAUCUAAA